UAACUUUUAAAAUGUCUCAAAAAAAAGCUAUGGCAAGCUAAUUCACAGUUUGGUUUAUUCAUGCAAUAGUCUGUCUCUGCUUAUGAUAUAAAGUAUAAUAUAUUUUAGGAAUAGUGUGGUUUUCUUCAUGAUAUCAAACAUACAAGCUUAUGGAUAUAUUUAAAAAUUCUUAAUUUUCUAGAUUAAUGUUCAGCACUACUUCUUCCAUCUUGCAUUGGAGGGGGGCAGAUAAUUAAUAAUUAUCAGAUAUUUUCUUAUCAAAAACAAAUUUGUUGGAAAAUUUUUUUUUUUUUGAGACGGAGUCUCGUUCUGUCGCCCAGGCUGGAGGUGCAGUGGUGCAGUCUUGGCUCACUGCAAUCUCCGCCUCCCAGGUUCACGCCAUUCUCCUGCCUCAGCCUCCCGCGUAGCUGGGACUACAGGCGCAUGCCACCACGCCCUGCUAAUAUUUUUGUAUUUUUAGUGGUGACGGGGUUUCACUGUGUUAGCCAGGAUGCUCUAGAUCUCCUGACCUCGUGAUCCACCCACCUCAGCCUCCCAAAGUGCUGGGAUUACAGGCGUGAGCCACCGCCCCUGGCCGGCCGUUGGAAACAUUUUGAAGGAACUCUUUGUAAAUAAAAUACAUGGCAUGCCUUUCUGUUUUACUAUACAGUUGCUGAUUUAUCCUUUACUUGGUUACUUUGAAUCAUCAUUAACAUCUAUUGUCACCGUAAUCCCUGUGAUCACUAGAUGUCAUACUCCAUUUUAUGUUUUAUUGUUGCCUUGGGGAGACUUUGAGAAUAUGAGAGGUGUUCAUGCAGACUGCUGCUGAGUGUUGCAUAGAAAUGGAAUAAAGUACAAAUACCUUCAGGAACAGACUCCAAACUUGGUCUAUUCCGCUUCCUUUCAUUUUUUUUUUAAACCUAUUCCAGAUAAUUUUUCACUGGUAUUCUCUGAAGGAAAAUAAGAGAAAUUUCCUCUUAGAAUCCCUUCUCCUUGGAUUUAUAACCUUUCCCAGUUCAUUUCUAUGGAAGUACUUGUAGUCCAGCAUAGUAAUUCUAUUCAGAUAUGUAUAGUUCAGUUAAGUCACGAAGGGAAAGGAAGCUUUCGUUGAGGGCUAUCUACUAGGUGGUACAGUGCUAGGUAAUUAACUUUGUCUCAAUCCUUAAACAACUCUGCAGUGGUAAGGGUGAUUAAUUCAUCCCAUUUUGUAGAGAAGGGGACUGAAUGUUAGAGGGAUGGCAUAAUUUCUUCAUGUUCAUAUAGGUAGUACAUUGGGAAGCAGAAUUUGAACACAGAUCUUUCUGAUUCUAGAGCUUUGUGUUCUUCUACCUUACUAUGAUGUUAAGUAAUUAGUUUUAACAUGCCACUUAAGUUUAAAGCCUUAAGUAGUCCUUUUAAGAAGUCUUUUGUUGCUGGUUAUUCUCAUUUAACACUCCUAUUUUAAUUUCCAGGUUCAGGUGACCUCACUUUGCCAGAACCGUGGGUCUUCAUGAAAUAAGAGAUUUCAUUUGGUUUUUGUUUUUGUUUGGAUCCUCUCUAACUUUAGAUAGAAAUUGCUGUUAUGGCAAUCACCUACCUCACUAUAUUCCACUUUGUCUUCUGGAUAUUGGUGCUCAGCUCUUUUUUGAACUGCAAACCUUAUUAAUAAAAUAGUUUUCAUUUCUUUGAGUGUUCCUCUUCUGACCGCCCACCUCCCCCCCCACCACCCUACUGACUUUGAUGUGGAGCUGAACUGAACCACUUUUUUUUUUUUUCUUUUUUUUUGAGACGGAAUCCAGCCCUGUUGCCCAGGCUGGAGUGCAGUGGCACAGUGUCGGCUCACUGCAACCUCUGCCUCCAGGAUUCAAGUGAUUUCCGGCUAAUUUUUGUAGUUUUAGUAGAGACGGGGUUUCACCAUGUUGGCCAGGCUGGUCUCGAACUCAAGUGAUCUGCCCACCUCGGCCUCCCAAAGUGCUAGGAUUAUAGGCGUGAGCCACCGUGCCAGGCCCUGAACACUUUUUUUUUCUUUUUUUCUUUUUUUUUGAGAUGGAGUCUCUUGCUCUUGUCACCCAGGCUAGAGUGCAGUGGCGCGAUCUCGGCUCACUGCAAGCUCCGCCUCCCGGGUUCACACCAUUCUCCUGCCUCAGCUUCCCAAGUAGCUGGGACUACAGGCACCCACAAGCACGCCCAGCUAAUUUAUUGUAUUUUUUAGUAGAGACGGGGUUUCACCGUGUUAGCCAGGCUGGUCUCGAUCUCCUGAUUUUGUGAUCCGCCUGCCUCGGCCUCCCAAAGUGCUGGGAUUACAGGCAUGAGCCACCGCGCCGGCCCUGAACCACUCUUUAUCAACUUAUCUGGGACCCUAAAAUGAAAUAGGGUGACCCAUUUUCUAGCUUUAUAUGAUUUUCUGGCUUCAUAUGGUUAAGUCUUUUUAACGUUUUUUGUUUGUUUUGUUUUGUUUUGUUUUGUUUUUGAGACAGGGUCUCUGUCACCCAGGCUGAAAUACAGUGGCCCAAUGACAGCUUACUCUAGCCUCAACCUCCCAGGCUCAGGUGAUUCUACCACCCCAGCCUCCAGAGUGGCUGGAGCCACAGCCACGCGCCUAACACCUGGUUCAUUUUUGUAUUUUUUUAUAGACAUGGGGUUUUACCUUGUUGCCCAGGCUGGUCUCACGCUCCUGGGCUUGACCAGUUCACCCUCCUCAGCCUUCCAAAGUGCUGGGAUUAUAGGCAUGAACCACCGUGCCCAGCUUUUGAAAAACCUGUACAAUAAAAAGUUUGGACUAAUGUUCUUUGAGCACUUAAAAAAAUGCUAUUCAGUUAAAAAAAAAAAACCUAUAGCGUCUUAUAACUCCAAAUCCCAUACUGUCACCCAGCUGGUCUGCCCUGGUGACCACCAUUUCCUGACAAACGUUCAGAUAACUCCUGAGGAAUUGAAGAAAUUCACAUUUAUGACCCAGUGACACUGGCUUUGUCUCAGUUCCUAUAGUGUGUCAUACUCUGUUCUACACAGAAGUUUUGCUUAUUCUAUUCCUUUGUUUGCAGAGGUCCCUUCCCCAUCCCCUAUCUCUCAGGCAGACUCCUCAUCUCAGUUUAUUUACGACUUCCUCAGGGAAAGCCUUCCACACUUCCCUGACGGAUGACUUUCCCCUAUUGUGCGUGCUCAUAGCACCAUUUACCUACUUUGUAUACUUGUGUGGUUAUUUUAUGUUUAUUUGUGUGAUUCUUUGAUUGGUGUCUGUGCUGCCCCAAGAUUAAAAACUUCAUGAGAGAAGAAACCAUGUCUUUUUCUUGUUUUUGUUUGCCAUUGUAUCCCCACUGAGAACAUGGUGAAUAAAUACAUGUUAAAUGAAUGAAUGGCCUUUUUUUUUUUUUUUAGCUGGAAGGACAUAAAAUGCUUACAUACAUAUAGUUUUUAAGAAUUAUGGCUCCAGAUAUUUUGGAUUUCAUCUCUGGAUUAAGUCAGAAUGUCAGACAAUUGUGUACUUUCACAGUAGUACUUUGUUCCUUUACAUAAUUGUUUUUUCUUAAUUGAACUUUGGUAGUGUGCCCUUGGCUCAAAUUGGCAUAUGCUGUAAGCAAUAAAAUGUUGCAUUGAUUGUAUGGACACUCUUGAGGACAGUGUCUGCCAUAUCAAGUACUAUCCAUUAUAUCAGAUAAUAUUGUCAUUAUGAGGACUCAGAGGAGAAAUUUCUCUCUGAUCUUACUCCCAGAAAAAAAGUGUGCUUUCCUGGGAAAACAGACAAAAACUGGUCUGUUUUUGUCUUGGAAGCACUGUUGUCUUAGGCCUAAUUUUUGUUUCCUGAAGCUCAAAGCCAGAUUUGUUAUUGACAUCUAAAAAUUAGUUAGGGGUUUCUGGCAUACCCUGUGUAAGCUAAUCUCAGUUUUAGUUUCAUCUUAAUCUCUAGAAUUUUAACUGUGGUUAUGUGAUUAUUUACAUAUUUUAUAGUUUGUUCAAUAAAAUACUCUUUUUUUUGGAACAGAGUCUCACUUUGUCGGCCAGGCUGGAGUGUACAGUGGCACGAUCUCAGUUCACUGCAAUCUCUGUCUCCUGGGCUCAAACAAUUCUCCUGCCUCAGCCUCCUGAGUAGCUGGGAUUAUAGGCAUGUCCCACUAUGCCUGGCCAAUUUUUGUAUUUUUAGUAGAGACGGGGUUUCACCAUGUUGGCCAGGCUGGUCUCAAACUCCUGACCUCAGGUAAUCCAUCUGCCUCGGCGUCCCAAAGUGCUGUGAUUACAGGCAAGAGCCAUCGUGCCAGGCCUCAAUAAAAUAUUUUAUAAAUACCUUUAAGGAAUAAUACAAACACCACCAGGGCUUAAAUAAAUAAAUCUAAAUCAAUCUGCUUGCUGGUUAAGUAAUGAGUUCAGUGUUUCUCUCCGCACAGAAAGUGGAAGAGAUAGAUGAAGAAGAAAAUAAAGCUUAUUACAUGUUGGGAAGGAUUCUAGGCACUAAGUUCCUUUUUUUGAGACAGAGUCUCAUUCUGUCGCCCAGGCCAGCCUGCAGUGGCUUGAUCUCAGCUCACUGCAACCUCUGCCUCCCAGGUUCAAGAGAUUCUCCUGCCUCAGCCUCCCAAGUAGUUGGAACUACAGGCACCUGCGACCACGCCUGGCUAAUUUUUGUAUUUUUAGUAGAGAUAGGGUUUCACCAUGUUGACCAGGCUGGUCUCGAAUUCCUGACCUGAAGCGAUCUGCCUGCCUUGGCCUCUGAAGUGCUGCGAUUACAGGCGUGAGCCACUGUGCUUGGCCAGUUCUAGGCAUUAAGUUCUAAUUGGUUCAUCUGGGGACUCGAAAUUCUCCAUUUUAUUUUAUUUUAUUUUUUCUGCUUUUGUCACAAAAGCACAGACAUUGCUUAACAAAGAGGUCUGAGAUGGGAUAUGAGUGAUAAGUUCAGGGGCAUAGGGUCAACACUUUUGAGUGUACAGACUGGGAACCUGGCAGAGUUUUAACAAUCCCCUCCCCUAUUUUGACCAUCCGUUAGUCCUGUAGAAGUAGAGCAGAUGAUUACGUAUUCACUGCUGUAUGGCUUAUUACCUUUGUAGGAAUUCUAACUGAAGGGCUUGGCAUUUGGCCUGACUGAAUAUCAGAAUCCCUUUAUUUUUCCUUCCAUUGCAAAAUAAUUUUUUGUGCCGUCAGUGAAAUAACAGCUAUGCAGUGGCAUAUACAGCUCUGGAGACCAGGCAUUAGAAGACUGUGAGACAAGAAUAACCAGAAUGAUGAUAAGGAGACUCUGGAAGUCACUUUAGAUUGAUGACCAAAGAUUUCCUUACUUUGACCAGGAGGUCAGAUCUCAAGGGGCCUUCUGGGUCCACUUUUGAUUAGCCAAAUUGUCUUUUCUUUCAGUUUGACUAUAGGUUAGUCAACCUUCCCUCCACAUUCAUCAGGGAAUGUUAGCAAUAUGUCAUAUUUUUUUCUUGGUGUACCAUUAAGCAAUCUAAAGCUAUGCUGUUACCUGUAACCACUUGGAUUAAUUAUUUUAGAUUAGUUGGUUAUACUUCUAGGGCUUUAUGGCUUUAUCUUUUCAGUCAGCAUUAUUAACCAAGUUUUGAUAGCUUUUUCAAGUUUUGUAACCCCCAUCCAGGGAGAUCAGUGUCCUCUCGGACACUCCCAGGUAAGCAUGAUCUCCUGGAAGACAUGAGAAGUCUCUUAAAUCAUCUAAUUAUUACAUUGGAGCUAUAUAAUAACUCCAGUAUACCUGGAGUUAUUAUGUGUAUAUGCAAGUUACGUUCUAAUGAGGCAAAUAUAAAUAAAUAUGUUGUUGAUUCAGGAGGUAAAAAUUAGGAGAGCGACAUGUAGUUUUAAAAACAAAAGAGGAAUUACUUGUAACAAAAGUAAGUAAGAAAGGAAUUCUCAGUUAUCUCUUGGGUGGAGAUACCUUGCAUAGAGUUCAGCAAAAAUUGCAAAGGUUGUCAUAGGACUAUGGAGGCCAUUAGGCUAAUUAAAAUUUAUAAUAUUGCCCAUAUAUUUGUACUAAGUCUCAUUCCUGAAGGAUUGUAUAUUUGGGUUGAGGCUUUGAGAAAUUCUAAGACUGGCUUGAGCAGUAAAACAAACCAAGUAAAAAUUGUCAUGGCUGUAGAUAGUCAAAAAGGGGUAAGCUAAGUUUCUGCAAACUAAAUAAUUUCAGAGGGUGUAAGAAUGUAUUGGAUAAAGGAUGAAGAUAAAAAGCGCUUUGAAGACUAUUGAUACUCAUCAGAUUUUACCACUGAUAAUUUUUCAAGAGGAACUGUUUAUGAAACUAUAAAGAGAAAAUGGAGAUACAAAAAGCCAUCCAAGAUAUAAAUGCCGAAGGCCAAGUUUUGAGAUAAACAGAAAAUCACAAAAACUCAUGUCAGGUGGAUCUUCCAUGGCCCCAGUGUGAGCAGACGGUAUUUUCCUUGAGGAGAAAUACUAGUUUGGUGGGGAUAAGGUAGGGAGUUAGUUUAAGGAUUAAUCAAGAGAACUAUACAUAUGCUAUUUAGGUUGAGGGAAAAGAUCAGAAUAGGCAUGGGCAAAGCCUAGACUCAGUCAAGUUACCUAUCAAGCAAGCUGACAUAUUCAUACAGUUUAUUAAUUACUUAGACAAAUGCAUGAUCAGCAUGGUGUCAGCUCCUCAUGUCCCUCAUCUGCAGGGUAACACUGAAACCAGACGGGGCCACAUGAUAGGUAAUAUGAGUGGUGGGCACUCUGUUGCUGAGGAACAGUUUCCAUCCUGUAGCUAAGCAAUUUUUUAGCCUACAGCUACAUCCUAAGGAGUGGGCAAGGUGGUGAAUCUCAGACCUCAUGGAACCAGGGAAGGUGGAUGAGAAACUGCCUCCCAGCAGGCUCCCACAAAAUAUGGAGGUAGGUAAGAAAUAGCCUUGUAGCAGCACCUCACAAUACUGCCUAUCUUUCCAUAUUCUGAAGGAACACAGAGCAUUCUGCCAACGCUUAGGUCAGCCUAUCGUUGGGCUUACCUAAGCGGCCUAUGUGGAGGCAUGCAGGUUUUCCAGGGCACCAAUACAGAGCAGUUAUCCUACCUUAUCAUCUAUAGUAAGGAAGAAACGACUGUGUGAAUUAGUACAAAAGCAUGAAAAGGAAAAUGUUGUAAGUAAGCAUUUCAGACAUCUAGGAAAUUUUGUUCUGUUGGUCUUAGGAUAAGCAUUCUAAUUCUAUUAAGUUGUUUGCUCCUGGACUGGAAAGAAAUCCUAGAGAUUCUGACACAGUCAUUUGGUACAUUCUGAAGAUUGUCUUUUUCUGUGGUGAUCAUAUUAUCCCAAGAAGUUUGCAUUCAUGAGUAAUGUCAUUGUACUAUCAUCUGUCAGGAGUACUUGUAUAGUCUUUUAUAGAGGCUUUUGUGUUUCUUCCAGAAGACUCAGUUUCUGAUCUGUAGCUUGUAACAGGAGCCUUUAGGCAAGCAUAAAGAAAAAGCAGAAACUACUGUGGAGAGAAGAUGGUGAAUUAGAAGAUGGUGAAAUAGACGAUGCAGGAUUUGAAGAAAUACAAGAAAAAGAAGCAAAAGAGAAUGAAAAGCAGAAAAGUGAGAAAGCCUACAGAAAAUCAAGAAAAAAACAUAAGAAAGAGAGAGAGAAGAAAAAAUCCAAAAGGAGAAAACGUGAGAAACAUAAGCAUAAUUCCCCAUCUAGUGAUGAUAGUUCGGACUACAGCCUUGAUUCAGAUGUUGAACAUACAGAAAGUUCCCAUAAAAAAAGAACUGGUUUCUACAGGGAUUAUGACAUUCCAUUUACUCAGCGUGGACAUUUAUCAGGAAGCUACAUGACAUCAAAGAAGGGUCAACAUAACAAAAAAUUUAAAAGUAAAGAAUAUGAUGAGUACAGCACCUACAGUGAUGACAACUUCGGUAACUACAGUGAUGACAACUUUGGUAACUACGGUCAGGAAACAGAGGAAGAUUUUGCCAAUCAGCUGAAACAAUACAGGCAAGCUAAAGAAACCUCAAAUAUUGCUUUAGGGUCAUCAUUUUCUAAAGAAUCAGGGAAAAAACAGAGAAUGAAAGGAGUUCAGCAAGGUAUUGAACAGAGAGUUAAAAGUUUUAAUGUUGGUCGUGGACGUGGCUUGCCGAAGAAAAUCAAACGAAAAGAACGUGGGGGAAGAACCAAUAAAGGGCCUAAUGUGUUUUCAGUGUCGGAUGACUUUCAAGAGUAUAAUAAACCAGGGAAAAAAUGGAAGAUUAUGACUCAGGAAUUUAUUAAUCAGCACACAGUGGAACACAAAGGAAAACAAAUCUGUAAAUACUUCCUGGAAGGGAGAUGUAUUAAGGGAGAUCAGUGUAAAUUUGAUCAUGAUGCAGAGUUGGAGAAAAGAAAAGAGAUCUGCAAAUUUUAUUUACAAGGAUAUUGUACCAAAGGAGAGAACUGCAUUUAUAUGCAUAAUGAAUUUCCAUGCAAGUUCUAUCAUAGUGGAGCAAAAUGUUACCAGGGAGACAACUGUAAAUUUUCCCAUGAUGAUCUAACUAAAGAAACAAAGAAACUUUUGGACAAAGUGUUGAAUACUGAUGAAGAACUCAUAAAUGAAGAUGAAAGAGAAUUAGAGGAACUUAGAAAGCGUGGCAUAACUCCUCUUCCCAAACCACCUCCAGGGGUUGGGCUUCUGCCAACCCCUCCAGAGCAUUUUCCCUUUUCUGAUCCUGAAGACGAUUUUCAGACAGAUUUCUCUGAUGAUUUUAGGAAAAUUCCAUCUCUUUUUGAAAUAGUUGUAAAACCUACUGUGGAUUUAGCGCAUAAAAUUGGGAGGAAGCCACCAGCAUUUUAUAACAGUGCCUCACCACCAGGACCACAAUUUCAGGGAAGCAGUCCACACCCUCAACAUAUCUAUAGUUCUGGAUCAAGUCCAGGUCCUGGACCUAACAUGUCUCAGGGACACAGUAGUCCUGUGAUGCACCCAGGCUCCCCUGGACAUCACCCAUGUGCAGGACCUCCUGGUCUACCAGUGCCACAGAGCCCACCUUUACCACCUGGUCCACCUGAAAUUGUAGGUCCUCAAAAUCAAGCUGGAGUACUUGUUCAACCAGACACAUCUUUGACACCACCAAGUAUGGGUGGGGCUUACCACUCCCCAGGCUUUCCAGGACAUGUGAUGAAAGUACCCAGAGAGAAUCACUGUUCUCCAGGUUCAUCAUACCAGCAAAGUCCUGGUGAAAUGCAGCUCAACACCAAUUAUGAGUCCCUGCAAAACCCAGCUGAGUUUUACGAUAAUUACUAUGCACAGCAUUCUGUACAUAAUUUUCAGCCACCCAAUAACUCUGGUGAUGGGAUGUGGCAUGGUGAAUUUGCCCAGCAGCAGCCUCCUAUUGUUCAAGACUCACCUAACCAUGGGAGUGGGUCUGAUGGCAGCAGCACUAGGACAGGCCAUGGCCCUCUGCCUGUACCAGGCCUCCUCCCGGCAGUGCAAAGAGCUCUUUUUGUCAGACUUACUCAGAGAUACCAAGAAGAUGAAGAACAAACCAGCACCCAGCCUCAUAGGGCACCAAGCAAGGAAGAAGAUGAUACAGUUAACUGGUAUUCCAGUAGUGAAGAGGAAGAAGGAAGCAGUGUCAAAUCAAUACUGAAAACAUUACAGAAACAAACAGAAACUUUAAGGAAUCAGCAACAACCUUCCACAGAACUCAGCACUCCUACUGAUCCAAGACUUGCUAAAGAGAAAAGUAAAGGAAACCAAGUGGUUGACCCUAGGCUUAGGACUAUCCCAAGGCAAGACAUUAGAAAGCCUUCUGAAUCUGCCCCACUGGAUCUUAGACUUGCGUGGGAUCCCAGGAAAUUGAGAGGGAAUGGAAGUGGUCACGUAGGCUCUUCUGUUGGAGCAAAGUUUGAUUUGCAUAAUGCAAAUGCUGGCACUAAUGUCAAACACAAAAGAGGCGAUGAUGAUGAUGAAGAUACAGAAAGAGAACUGAGAGAAAAAGCUUUCUUAAUACCUUUGGAUGCCUUACCUGGCAUAAUGCUCCAGGAUCCAAGGUCACAAUUGAGACAGUUCAGUCACAUUAAAAUGGACAUUACUCUAACCAAACCCAACUUUGCAAAACACAUCGUGUGGGCUCCGGAAGACUUACUUCCAGUACCUUUACCUAAACCUGAUCCAGUGUCUUCAAUCAAUUUACCUCUGCCCCCACUUAUAGCUGACCAGAGGCUAAAUAGAUUAUGGAAUACAAAAAGUGAUCUUCAUCAAAACACAGUGUCCAUUGAUCCAAAAUUAGCAGCCAAAGCCAAAAUUAAUACAACAAACAGAGAAGGUUACCUAGAACAAUUUGGAGACUCACACAGUUCAGGAGCUAAAUUAGGAGAUCCUAGACUACAAAAAAAUUUUGAUCCUAGGCUUCACAGACUGCCCAAUACAGAGUCUCAUCAAGUGGUUAUGAAGGAUUCACAUACAUCAAAGGGUGCCCCUCACUUAGCCAGAUCAAACCCUGGUUCAUCACAGCCCUCAGGGGCAGGAACUAGCAAUUCUGGUUCCGGGGCUCUGCCUCCAUAUGCCCCUAAACUCUCUUCCUCAGCUGGCCUUCCACUGGGAACUUCAACUUCAGUUCUUAGUGGUAUUAGUUUGUAUGACCCUAGGGAUCAUGGUUCAUCAUCCACAUCAGAGCUAGCAACAGCUUCUUCAGGAGAAAAUUCAAAGAACCAGAAAAAAAGUGGUGGCUUAAAAAGUAGUGACAAAAAUGAACCUUCUCCUGGAGAAGCUAUCCUUCCACAGAAAACCAAUCCAAAUGUGGAAGUCACUCUUGAUGGGCCAGCUGACCCACAGGCAGAUGUUCCCAGGAGUUCUGGUAAGGUUCAGGUCCCAGCAGUGCACAGCCUUCCUGUUCAGGCAUUAACAGGCUUAAUUAGGCCACAGUACAGUGAUCCAAGGCAGGCAAGGCAGCCAGGACAGGGGAGCCCAACCCCAGAUAAUGAUCCCGGUAGAGAAACAGAUGACAAAUCUCUGAAAGAGGUUUUUAAAACUUUUGAUCCAACCGCUUCACCAUUUUGUUAGCUAUUGUGUAAUUGAGCAAUUCUUUUCACUCUUGUGACUAUCUCAGUCCUCUGCUGUUUUGUAACUGGUUUACCUCUAUAGUUUAUUUAUUUUUAAAUUAUAAACACUUUUCAGCUGCUAGUAUCAGAACCACAUGAAGUUAUAGCCUCUAAAGCCUGUGGUAUUUUAUAUAAUAUUUUUAUAACUUUAAGAGACUGUAGUAAUUGACCUAAAAACUUAUGUUAGCUUCAGUAAAAGUACUUUUAUUGUAAAUAAACAAUCAUGAACUCAACACUCUGCCUGAAUAUAUGCCAGUUGUCUUUCAUAAUCAAUGUUUAGAUAAAUGAUUGCCACUUUUUAUAUGGUUGUUUAGUUUCAAGCAAUAUGAUGUACAUUACUUUUGAGAAACAGUAUUUUGACUAGGACCUCUCUAUUUGUCAGCACAGAACUGAUUAAUAUGUAAUGCUAACUGCUAAUUAAAAUGUAAAAUCAAGUAAAGAAAACAUUUUAAAAUUACAAUUAGCAGAGCAGUUCAUGUUUAAGGGCAUCACUUUUAUUAGUAUUGGCAAUAUUAUUUGUGUAAAUGAAGCAUUUGAAUGUCAUAUCUUUUUAAAGUAUUUUAUUGUAUACUGUAUCAUAGAAGUUGGAGGUAUAUAAAUAGAACAUUUUGCUAAAGUGAAAAAUUUCCAAGUUCUCUAGCAUAACUUUUUACAUUUAAUUUUUCAUAUGAAAUAGCAAUUAGUUACUGCUGUGUUACAUUGUGAUGUUUAUGUAUGUCAAUGUUUUUGUCUUUAGCAGCAUAAUUUAUAUUGCUUUUUCAAAUGAUGUAGCUGCAUUAAUUGUGUUCAUCAUGACUUUGGUGAUUUUUAACAAAAUUUUUAAAGACCCAGUGAGAGUCUGUAGUGAUUAUUACACAGAUAAUGUUUUAAAUGUCUAGGUUCUGUAUUUUUUUCUUAAAUAGCAAGAAAAUACAGAUUGCUAGUAUAGUCAACAGUAUUUGGCUAUCAAUAAAGAAUCUCUUUAAGAUCUCACCUGGCUGGCAUUCUGUAACAGAGGGGAUUACCUGGUGUUUUAAGUAUUUAAUGUCCUCAUAGUGUGGAAAUCCCCUAAAUUGAUUAGAAAUUGUAUUUUAUGAAAAAUAACUUGUAUUCAUUCUUGUGUAUUUAUUGCAAUAUAUAAAUAAUGGCAACUCUAUUUGUUUUAUACAUAUAUAAUUUAUAACUGAAUCUAAGUAUUAGACUGCUACUCAUAUUUUGAACUGCAGGUGUAGGACAGUGUUUGCUGGUAACAACUCCAAUGUGUAUUAAUAACUUGAAAAGGAGCAUUUCACUAUAUUUGCUGGUAACAACUCCAAUGUGUAUUAAUAACUUGAAAAGGAGCAUUUCACUAUAAAAGAUAAUGAAAGGUAAUGAAAUCAGUCCUUGAAUGAAAGCAGUGCCCUUGAGAAGGGAUUCUUUUUAAAAUAUACAGUAAAAUAUUUCGUGGGAACCUAACACUCACAUAGCAUAUGGUUUAUUAAUAAUGCAUAUCCUUUCUAAUCACUUCUUCAAUUCUUUUUGCUGCAGUUCUGUGCUAAAAUGGGCUUGUGGUUAAGUGAAAGAGAACUCUACCUAAGAAGUUCAUUGUGUUCUAAGUGGAAGGAGAGUUACUGAAGGGAAUGUGAAUUUUUACUGUUUGUACUUCAGAUACAUUUGUUGUCUAAAAUGGCUCUGGAUAACAUUUUUGGGUUAAAAAAUGUAAUUUAAAGCCACCAUAGAAAGUAUUUUCUGAUUUACUGUCCAAAUGAACUUUGUUGUUAAUUGAGAAGUCAAUAAAAUGGAUUAAACUGACAGAAAAAAACAUAUAUAUAUCCCAAGGUGUAAUUUACUCUUUUGUCAGGAUAAAAUCAGAAAAAUGGCUGAUUUUAGUAAAUGAAAUUUUUAGCAAAUCUUUCAUUCAUGUAGUUUAUAAUUAUUGUCAAGCAAUGCUGUUUACAUUUUAAGCAUCAUACAAAAAAGAGAAUUUGGCUUGCUAAACAUCAAAAUAGAAUCCAAACUCUUAACAGAAUAUCUUUUUUACAACUAAAAGAGAUAUUCCAAGAUUUAUUAAAAAGUCAGGUUUAAAAGUUAUUAAUGCAAAUUAUGUAAUGUUCAUUUAUUCAGUAUUCUUGAGUCCCUAUUACCUCAAUUGGUGUUCUAGAGGCUAUUUUACAAGAAAGUUUGAACUUAGUUUCAAAUUUGACAAUAUAUUUUAUAUGAAAAUGUUUAUGUUUAAAAUAAUUGUUAUUUAUUAUGCAGCAUUUUUAUCGUGAUAACAUUAGUUUAUGGGAUAUUCUGUCAUAUCCUGUAAACAUAGUUUAUUUUUCUUCUUUUUUCCCAUUUUCUCAUACAAAUUGAAUAAGUAGCCAUUUUUCCCCAAUGAAUACCUCUUCUUUUAGGUCAGUUGGUGUUUUUAGAAUCUAUGUAAUUUGAUUUGCAUUGUUAGAUUGAAAAGUAAGUUACGUUCCUGUUCUUAGAAGCCACACAUUUAGAGAUAACAGAAAAAACUUGAGUCUUAAGAGUCUGGAUAGGCUCAUCCAUUGAGAUGUAACUUAACUAUUCAUACUGUUUGUGACGGAAAUUCUACACCUGUUUACUGUGAUGAUGAAUAGAGUGGAUAUAUCAGGGGGUUGAAAUGGAACACACAGAAGAUCAUGACAAUUGAGAUUCAGCAACUACAUUCUCAUAUCUUGGUUAAGACCUGAUUGUGAACCUUGAAAACAAAUCAGAUGUUGGAGUGAUUUCAAACUCUAUUUCAACAAUUGGGUCUGUUUCUAUAUGGACCCUCUAUUUCCCAGCUGAAUGUUUCAAACCCCCAAAUUAGGCUGCAACCAAAAGAGCCUAAUUGUGAAAUGAUGUGCGCUUAUGUUUCUGUUUGUCCUUUAGCCAUGGAACUUUAAAGAGUAGUGUUCCUCCUACUUACUUGAAGCGUGGAAGAAGAGUUGAGUAGUAAAUCCUGUGUGAACUUUUAGCUCAGCUACUCUGCUGAAUUAAUUAGAGAGAGGUAGGAAGGACUUACAAGGGCUGGAAGUUUAAAGAGAAUAAUAUUUUUUGUUCUGAAUUGAUUUCUGUGUAAUUUGUAUCAGUAUCUAGUUGCUUAUCUGUGAAAUUGGGUUAAUUUUUAUUGAUCACGUUUGAUGUAAAGAAUGAAUUAUUUUUGUAAAGUAUUUGUAAAUAUAAAAUUGCUUUAUAACUUGAAUGAACAUAA